GGGGCGCGGCGCGCGGGAAGAUGGCGGUGCGGAAGAAGGACGGCGGCCCCAACGUCAAGUACUACGAGGCCGCGGACACCGUCAGCCAGUUCGACAGCGCGCGGCUCUGGCUGGGCAAGAACUACAAGAAGUACAUCCAGGCAGAGCCCCCCACCAACAAAUCCCUCUCCAGCCUGGUGGUGCAGCUGCUGCAGUUCCAGGAGGAGGUUUUCGGCAAACAUGUCAGCAACGCCCCGCUCACCAAGCUGCCGAUAAAAUGCUUUUUGGAUUUCAAAGCAGGAGGAUCCCUGUGCCACAUCCUUGCUGCAGCCUAUAAAUUCAAGAGCGACCAAGGAUGGCGGCGUUUCGAUUUCCAGAACCCUUCGCGGAUGGAUCGCAACGUGGAGAUGUUCAUGACCAUCGAGAAAUCCUUGGUGCAGAACAACUGCCUGGCCCGGCCUAACAUCUUCCUGCACCAGGAGAUCGAACCCAAGCUGCUGGGCAAGCUGAAGGACAUUAUCAAGCGGCACCAGGGGACGGUCACCGAGGAUCGGAACAACGCCUCCCAUGUCGUCUGCCCGGUCCUCAGCAACCUAGAGGAGGAAGAAUGGGUUCGACCUGUCAUGAAGAGAGACAAGCAGGUCCUUCUGCACUGGGGCUACUUCCCGGACAGCUACGACACCUGGAUCCCUGCGAGUGAAAUCGAAGCUUCUGUCGAGGACGCACCCACCCCAGAGAAACCCCGGAAGGUCCAUGCCAAGUGGAUCCUCGACAUGGACACCUUCAACGAGUGGAUGAACGAGGAAGACUACGAGGUGACCGACGAGAAGAGCCCCGUCUCCCGCAGGAAGAAAAUCUCUGCCAAAACGCUCACUGACGAAGUGAACAGCCCCGACUCGGACCGGCGCGACAAGAAGGGUGGGAACUACAAAAAGAGAAAGCGCUCACCCUCGCCGUCCCCAACCCCAGAGGCCAAGAAGAAGAACGCCAAGAAAGGCCCGUCGACCCCGUACACCAAGUCCAAGCGCGGGCACCGCGAGGAGGAGCAGGAGGACCUGACGAAGGACAUGGACGAGCCCUCCCCUGUCCCCAACGUGGAGGAGGUCACGCUGCCCAAAACAGUGAACACCAAGAAGGACUCAGAGUCUGCACCCGUGAAGGGGGGCACCAUGACCGACCUGGAUGAGCAGGAGGAUGAGAGCAUGGAAACCGCUGGCAAGGAUGAGGAGGAAAACAGUGCGGGGAACAAAGGGGAGCAGGCCAAGAACCCGGACCUGCACGAGGACAAUGUGACGGAGCAGACUCACCAUAUUAUCAUCCCCAGCUACGCCGCUUGGUUUGACUACAACAGCGUCCACGCCAUCGAGCGCAGAGCCCUGCCCGAGUUCUUCAACGGCAAGAACAAAUCCAAGACCCCCGAAAUAUACCUGGCUUAUCGCAACUUCAUGAUCGACACCUACCGGCUGAACCCCCAGGAGUACCUGACCUCCACCGCCUGCCGCCGGAACCUGGCCGGGGACGUCUGCGCCAUCAUGCGGGUCCACGCCUUCCUGGAGCAGUGGGGGUUGAUCAACUAUCAGGUGGACGCGGAGAGCCGGCCAACCCCUAUGGGACCUCCCCCUACAUCGCAUUUCCAUGUCCUGGCCGACACCCCCUCGGGGCUGGUGCCGCUGCAGCCCAAGACGCCCCAGGGUCGCCAGAGCGACAGCGACACAAAGGCCAGCCGCAAGAGCAAAGAAAUCGAGGACCUGGUCCCAGAGGUGGCGAAAGCGAAGCCCGAGCUGACCUCGGCCUCCCAGCAGAUGCUCAGCUUCCCCGACAAGGGCAAGGAGAAGCCGACGGACCUGCAGAACUUCGGCCUGCGCACGGACAUGUACACCAAAAAGAAUGUCCCUUCCAAGAGCAAAGCCGCCGCCAGCGCCACUCGGGAGUGGACAGAGCAGGAGACGCUGCUGCUGCUGGAGGCCCUGGAGAUGUACAAGGACGACUGGAACAAGGUGUCGGAGCACGUGGGCAGCCGCACCCAGGAUGAGUGUAUCCUCCACUUCCUGCGCCUGCCCAUCGAGGACCCUUACCUGGAGGACUCGGAGGCGUCACUCGGGCCCCUGGCCUACCAGCCCAUCCCCUUCAGCCAGUCGGGCAACCCCGUCAUGAGCACCGUGGCCUUCCUGGCAUCUGUCGUGGACCCCCGCGUGGCCUCCGCGGCGGCCAAGUCCGCUCUCGAGGAGUUCUCCAAGAUGAAGGAGGAGGUGCCCACGGCGCUGGUGGAAGCUCACGUCCGCAAGGUGGAGGAGGCAGCCAAGGUUACGGGCAAGGCCGACCCGGCCUUCGGGCUGGAGAGCAGCGGGAUCGCGGGGACCACGUCCGACGAGCCGGAGAGAAUAGGUGAGGGGGGCGAGCGAGGCUCCUUCCGCGCCUUGGCCCGUGAGGCGCCCGCCAUCUCGCCUCCGUCGGACGCUGCUCCGUGCGCAGCAAGUAGGAAGGGUAAUGAGCGAAGAGGGGAGGAGCCACAGGAGACCAGAGCUGGCCUGGCCUCCGGUCUGGAGCUCACCCUCAAUCGGCUGGCUCAGGAGGAGAGCGGCGCUGACGAGACGCGGGCUGACACUCAGCCGGUGGAAGAGAAGAAGGAGCUGAAGGAGCCCCGGGAAGGAGGCGUGGAGGAGGAAGCGAAGGAGAAGCUGGGCGAAGCACCCAAGAAAGAGGAGGAGAAAGGCAGGGAGGGGGACAGCGAGGAGUCGGAGAAGGGCGACGGUGACAGCAUGGCCGAGAAGGAGAAGGAGCCCAAGGACAGCCAGGAGGAGGUGCCCAAGGACCUGGCUGAGGCAGAAGGUGAGAGGAAGACCAAGGUGGAACGAGACAUCGGCGAAGGGAACCUGUCCACCGCGGCCGCUGCUGCCCUGGCUGCUGCCGCCGUGAAGGCCAAGCACCUGGCAGCUGUGGAGGAGCGCAAGAUCAAGUCCCUGGUGGCCCUGCUGGUGGAGACCCAGAUGAAGAAGCUGGAGAUCAAGCUGCGACACUUCGAGGAGCUGGAGACCAUCAUGGACCGGGAGCGCGAGGCACUGGAGUACCAGAGACAGCAGCUCCUGGCAGACCGACAGGCCUUCCACAUGGAGCAGCUCAAAUAUGCUGAGAUGCGUGCCAGGCAGCAGCACUUCCAGCAGAUGCACCAGCAGCAGCAGCAGCCGCCUCCGCCCCUCCCGCCCGGCUCCCAGCCGAUCCCGUCCUCCGGGGCUCCCUUAGCGCCAGCCGCCCACUCCAUGACCGUGGCCCAGGCCCCAGGGGCACCGAGUGCAGCCAGCCUGGUGCCCCAGCCCAGCCUAGCUCAAACGGAACAGAUCGGCCAGGCGGUGCCGGCCACGCCGGGGGCUCCACACACAGUACCGGCUCAGCAGGGACAGACCCCUGCCGGCCCUCACGCCCAGCCUCCAUUCCCUGGCCAGCAGCCCUCCUCUCAGAUGCUCCCUGGGACGGUUGGAGUGAGCUGUCACCCCGGCGUGCCCGGUAAUCUCCCAGCGGCUCCGCCUUUCGGAAUGCCUCCAUCCAUCCCAUUUAGCAUGGCUAGUAAUGUAGCAGACUCCAUCAGUAUUAACCUCCCUGCUAACACGCCCGCUCAUCCAAUGCAUGGUAACCUCCCGUGCGGCAUGCUGGCCGGGGGUGCCCUGGCCCCGCCUAACCUGCCCGUCACCGUGUCUAGCGCGAUGCACCCUAGCAUGCUGACGACCAACGGACCGCCGCUCGCCGCGCCCGCCUUGCCUCAUGUCUCGGGACUGGCCUCGGCAGCUGCCCAAAGUCCAGCCAUUGUGGCGGCCAUGCAGGGCAGUCUCCUUCCAAACGCCGCCCUGGCACCAGACCAGGGCCCCCCUCUGCAGACGGACCCCAUUGCACCCAGCACGGCCACCCCGGUCCCACCCACGCAGUGAGGCUGCUCCACCCACCGCCCGGAGCUGCCACUUGACAGGACAAAAACCUUCGCAACCCGUAAAACCUGCCUGGGAUUGUUUGGGAUGAGGGAGGGGGGUGGGGAUUUCAUUGGUUUCAAAAAACACUUUGAUCAUGGGGUUAAAAAGGGCUGUUCAGCCCUCAGUCCCGCUGUGUCUGUCUGUCCUGCCCCCUCACUGCCACCCCCGGGCUUUUUUUGUAUCCAAUCGUCCCGAGACUUUUAUUUAAAUGCGCUGAGAACCACCACUGACAGUGCUGAGGGGCCUGCUGGGGCAGAGGGGACGGCUAUUUAUAGAAGGCUCUGAAUUUACCUGGUUCCUGGGCAUUUAAAGCUCUGUGUCUUCUCUUUUUUUUUUUUUAAUAAUAAAAAUAAAAUAAAAAUUC